GGCGGCGGCGGGAGGCGGGAGCGGCGCGGGGCGGCGGCGGAGACACCAACAAAUGGAACACAGAUUAACUUAAGCCUGCAGGAGGCUGGUGACACCUGGAAGAGGGGAAAGUGGAGAAGCUGUGCUCUCUGCUUUUUAUCUGAUGUGUUGGGGUACAUUUUGGAGCAUGUUUGCUACUUAGCAGGGAACUAAAAUUCAGGCACGAGAGGUUGUAAAUGAAAGAGGCAAUAUGGGGGAAAAGAAGGCAGAACCCUUGGAUUUUGUGAAAGAUUUUCAGGAAUAUCUGACCCAGCAGACUCACCAUGUCAAUAUGAUUUCUGGAUCAGUUACUGGUGACAAGGAAGUGGAGACUCUCCAGGGAGCUGGGACAGAGGGUGAUCAGAAUGGUCUGGAUCAUCCUUCUGUUGAAGUUUCACUGGAUGAAAACUCAGGAAUGUUGGUGGAUGGCUUUGAAAGGACUUUUGAUGGGAAGUUAAAAUGUCGAUACUGCAACUACGCCAGCAAAGGAACAGCGCGGCUCAUAGAGCACAUCAGGAUUCACACAGGGGAGAAGCCACACAGGUGCCACCUGUGUCCCUUUGCCUCGGCCUACGAGCGUCACCUGGAGGCUCACAUGAGGUCCCACACCGGGGAGAAGCCCUACAAGUGUGAGCUGUGCUCCUUCCGCUGCAGCGACCGCAGCAACCUGUCCCACCACCGCCGGCGCAAGCACAAGAUGGUGCCCAUCAAGGGGACAAGGACUUCCCUGAGCAGCAAGAAGAUGUGGGGGGUUCUGCAGAAGAAGACCAGCAAUUUGGGGUACAGCAGAAGAGCGUUAAUUAAUCUGAGUCCGCCUUCCAUGGUGGUGCAGAAACCAGACUACCUUAAUGAUUUCACCCAUGAAAUCCCCAAUAUCCAGACUGAGGCGUACGAGAGCAUGACAAAAACGACUCAGAGUGGUGGCUUGCCAAGAGAUCCCCAGGACCUCAUGGUGGAUAAUCCUUUAAACCAGCUCUCCACCUUAGCAGGGCAGCUGUCCAGCUUGCCACCUGAAAACCAAAAUCCAGCCUCUCCUGACGUCGUUUCCUGUCAAGACGAAAAGCCUUUCAUGAUACAGCAGCCUGCUGCACCUGCAGUAGUUUCAUCUGUGUCAGCAAAUAUUCCUCAGAAUUCCUCUCCAACCAGCCCUGAUUCCCGGCCCACACACAAUCAAAGGAACUACAGUCCCGUGGCAGGGCCCAGCAGUGACCGCAGUGCCCACACCAGUACUCCCAGUAUCAGCAACAGCCAGCCCAGUACUCCAGCUCCAACCCUGCCAGUGCAGGACCCUCAGCUCCUGCACCACUGCCCACACUGUGACAUGUACUUUGCAGACAAUAUCCUUUACACCAUCCACAUGGGAUGCCAUGGAUUUGAAAAUCCUUUCCAGUGUAACAUUUGUGGGUGUAAGUGUAAAAACAAGUACGACUUCGCUUGCCACUUUGCAAGAGGCCAACAUAAUCAACAUUGACUGAGAACAUGCUUUCGUUUAGUUUUUUAACAUAUUACAGUCUAUUUUUCAUACUUGCUGAUGGAAAGCUUGCACAUUCCCAUAGGGAAUCUUCACAUUAAUGAAUUCAACAAAGGAGGCAAAUUGAUUUCCAUGUUCAUGUAAAACUUGCCAGGAAAGUUUUGUAUCAGUUUCAGUUGCUGUUUUGUAUGUAGCCUUUCAAAAAAAGCCAAGAGUGCUGUAAGGGUUGGAAUGCAUUUACAUGCUGUGGUUGCUAAAUUUAAGUUGCUUUUACUUAAUCCCAAUAAACAUUCUGCAAGGAGCAGAGCGUGUGUCCUGAA